AUGACGGCUUCUGCAGCUCUGUCGGUGGCGGCGGCGAUGGCGGCCCUAUCCUGCCUGGCACUGCGACUGUCGCGCUCCACCAUGUCCCGCGGCUCCUAUGGCGCCUUCUGCAAGGGGCUCACGCGCACGUUGCUCACCUUCUUUGACCUGGCCUGGCGGCUGCGCAUGAAUUUCCCCUACUUCUAUGUCGUGGCCUCGGUGAUGCUCAACGUCCGCCUGCAGGUGCGGAUUGAGUGAGCGCCUGUGGCUACAGCGGCCCCGCAGGAGGGUCUCGCGCCCACCCGCCUGCAUGGAGGACAAUCGGGUCGCCCAGGUCUCCCAGGCGCAGCGUGGAAAGAAGGCGGGGCAGCCCGGGCCCCUGGAGCCUAGAGCUGCACGAGAGGACGCUGACCACUAAGCCAUCGAGGCCAAUGAACCCCGGACCCAGCCGUGACCUGCGCACACGCAUUGCGACCAGUGCCGAGUUGCACAAAAACUCACAAAACAGGCCCUUUCCUUCAAGCUCGAGAAAAUUAUCUGAGUACAGCAGACCUGUUGCCUCGCAUUGGCCGAAUGGGGAAACCAGAAAGAAGAAUUGCUGCGGCAGGGACCAGCUUUGACUGGCCCUAACCAAGAAGGAACCAGUGUUGUAGCUGGUGACUAACACCUUCUCUGGCCUCAUCAAGAAUCAAAUCUGUGCCCAAGGGCCCCCUCUGGCCCUAGAGCUUCCUGAUAGCAGCUGAGUGAAGGGCCUGGCUGAGGAGGAGAUGAAGGGCCUUCCAGGCAGAGGCCCUGAGGCUCAGCUCCCGCAUGCCCAAUAUCACACAGGAGACUGUCCUCUAGAUGGGCAUGGAUUGGUCCUCGAGGCCCGGGAUGUGCUGUUGACUGGUGUAUCAGCAUGGCCAGGAACAGCCCACGGGGGAGCCAGCAGAGACCCUGGACCCCACCACCCACCCCAGGUCCCACAUCUGCUCUGAUACUGGUUGCUCUUGGCCCAAGUACUCAGACUUCCUGGGACUGAAAACCACAGUAAUGUGGUCAGCCCCAGGGACCAAGUGGCCCAGUCUCACAACAUGUGCCCUACUCAGCUGCCCAGCUGGAGCCUGGGUCCUGGGUGCAGUACUCUUCCUGUCUCACCCCAGGGACUGGGGCCUAAGGCUGGACCAAGGCUCCUACGUGCCCCCUCCAGUUUCCCAAAGACAGAGCCUGAUGGCUUCCUUCCUUGUGCCAAGUCACCUGGGAGCCCCUGGUCCUGGUGACCCCUCCUUCACUCCAACCCUGUUCACCCAGGACCACUUCUGGGAGCCUGCCAGCCUGUUGCCUCCAUCCAUAGACCUCCGGGGAUAGUCUCAGAGAAAGGAGAGCAACACGGGCUGUAUAAGAUGGGAGGAGGACCAGGGGCCUCCUUGGUGAUGAUACACAGAUGUGCCCCUUUCAAG